AUCUCGAUCAGCCGGCGCCGCUCGCUGAGUCCCCCACUCCACCCGCUCCGAGAUGGGCCUCAGCCCCUCCAAGCGCGUGGACGCCGCGAUCCGGGGCGCGCCGGCGUUCGCCGCCGCCUGCGACGACGCCUACGACCGCUGCGUCGCCGACGCCCAGCACGCCUUCGCCGGCGUCCGCCCCUACCAGCUCGCCGACGCGUCCGCGCACCUCCACUCGUCCCUCCGGGGCUCCCUCCCGCUCGUGCGCCGCUGGGUGCCCACGCCGCCGUCGCGGGCCCGCGUCCACUCCGCGCUGCGCGCCGCGGGGCUCGAGGACGCCUCCGAGCUCUCGAGGAUGCAGUUCCGCGAGUUCGCCGCCGAGCUGUUCAGGGAGGCCGUGCUCUCCGCCGCCGCCCAGGCGGCUCUCGUGCGUGCCCCUGCAGGCGCCGCCGGGCUCGUCGGUGUUGGCCUCGCGACCCGCGCCGGGGCAGGGGCGGUAGGGAGGUUGGUCGCCGUCUACACCGCCGGCGUUGCGGCUGCUGUUUACCUCAGCUUGGGCUAGGUUUGCUUGUUGAUCCUACUGCCCCGUACAACCAUAAAAAAGAGAUCCGUAUGUGCUAGUAGUAUGUAAUUCUACCUUGGAGGGCAGUUCUUUCAUGGUAAAUAUCAGUUCCAGAGAAAUGUAAUAUGGUUGAAUAUACUGAUCUUGGUUUGCUGAUGCUUCCGUCGAUGGAAAACUGCAUCAAAACGGACUGUAAUCAGUGACGGAUGACGCUGAAACAGCAAUAUACGGCUGCGGAAUUGACUCUGUGCGCACGUCGGACAGAUUGACAGAGGAUACAACACAUCUUGUUAGGCAUUUCCCUGAUGAAAUCAGCAAUUCAGAUCGCUAUUUAAUUCCGCACGACUCUUCUAGCAUCCUAUAAUGCGUUCCUCGUUUCUGCUUCCGGAUAGGCAAGCAGAUACAUUGAGAUUUGGACCGUGU